GUCAGUGAAACAGAAAACUUGAGAAAAAAUUUAGCGAUUGAACGAAUGAUCGCUGAAGGAUGUGAUAUACUUUUAGAUGUAAAUCAAGUCUUCGUGCGGCAAGGGACAUUAGUUCAAAUUUUGGACAAAUCUCGUGGAAACAGUGGAAGCACAGGAGGAUUGUUAUGGAGCAAAACAAGCGCGAUAACAUUUGGACGAAAGAAAAGUAGUAAUCAUAACGGAGCAUUGAGACAGUGUUUUUUAUUUUCGAAUCAUUUAAUUCUUACGAUAAGACAACAGUCUGAUGGAGACGAUUUGGGUCGAUUAACUAUUGUACCUGGUAUUGGUAAAAUUCCACUGAGCGAUGCGAUACUCAUAGAGGAUCCUAGUGAGCAAGCUGCUUCCUCAGCAGCUGCGGCUAUU